CACAUGAGCACAGAUCUGUUUACAAACCCAAGGCAGAGCAGAGCAAGAGCAAGGGGAGGAAGGGAAAGGCGAAUUGCAGGCUCUUUCUGAGCACCAUUAUGGACUGAAAGAGGAAGAGGGUAAGCCUGCCAUGACAAAGCCAGCUGGAGGUGGGAGAGACUGAAUACGACACACGCAGACACACUUGUGCACACACACUGCCUUUGUCUCAGAUUUUUUUUUUCUCAAUUGAAGGAGCAGAUGGUUAGAGGGAGAGUAGGACCCCCCCCCCUCCCUACGCACACACACAUGCACUGACUGACACACAAACACACACUCACUCACCAGCAAAAUACCAAACCCAGCCAGAGGACUGUUGUUGACUGUAUGGAGCUGUCCUCACUUUGUUUGGGCUUUGAGGGAAGCACAUCUUUGCCUUCUAUACUGAGGAGGAAGACCCACUGCAAGAUCAGAGGACUGGAGGAGGAGACAACAGACGAGAGGAGAGGGGGGAUGAGACUUGUGAAAAUCCUCUGUUAAAAAAGCAGCUUUGGGAGGAAGACAAAGCACAGACUAAUGCCAGAUAAUUACCUUCACGGGACGAGGACUGUCAUUUUAAAUGGUGGAUGUCACUGAAACUAGCGAGGGGACGAUACUGCAGACACAAAGUGAAGUCAGAGGGGCCCUUUUCUAGCUGGAAAUGAGCACAUGAGGUCUCCAGUCACGGUCCAAACCCCAGUCCCAAAUCUCCCAAUCUUUACACGGAGUGGUUAAUCCAGAUUUGGGAAUGCUGGGCAGCACAGACUGCUGAGCCAACAUAACCACACCUCCCAAGGAUUUGUGGAAUCUGAGCAAAUCUGAAAAUCUUGAUGGUUGUUUUUUGGAGGAGCUAACACAAACCCGAACAAAAGAGCGAUCCAGCUCUGGGUGACCAAAUCCAGGCUCCAAAACAGAUUCUGUGUCCAGAGCUUCUGCCCACGAGCUUGGCUCUCAUCCAGCCUACUCCUGACAGGGCCUGAGUUUACUGCUGCUGCCCUGGGAGUCAUAUUUCAUGCAACCAUUCCAAUGGUGUAACGGAUGCCUGUGUGGUUUGGGUUUCCAGCGCUCUGAACACUACUGCAGCAUGACGUCUGACAUCUAUCACCUCCCACUCAAUGUGUAUGUCAUUGUGCUGGGCAUAGGCCUCUUCGUCUUCAUGCUCAGCCUCAUCUUCUGCUGCUACCUUUUCAGGCUGAAACAACAAGGAACGAGGGAGCAGUUCAGCUACAAUGAGGUGGUGCUGAAAGGUGCAAGCAAGAAACUGAGCCUCCUAGGACAAACCUGUGCGGUGUGCCUGGAAGAAUUCAGGACCAGAGAUGAGCUGGGAGUGUGCCCAUGCUCUCAUGCAUUUCACAAGAAGUGCCUGCUUAAAUGGCUGGAAAUCCGCAGCGUGUGCCCCAUGUGUAACAAACCCAUCCUCCGGCUCCACACAGACGCUCCCCAGGGUGCUGAGGGUCCCAUGGACCCAGAGGAGGUGUGAGGGAUUUGGAGAAGAGGAAACCGAACUCCCCUUACAGAAAACACACAUAUUAAUACACUAGGGAUGAUGGACAGUGGUCAUCUUUAAGACAUCUCACAGGAAAUGUUGAUAAUGAUCCCAGUGGCUGCCUUGCUGCUGACCUUUGAGCAAUAUGCCUUGGUGGGAAAUUGGAUAUUGACAGCACCAAAAUGAUUUGGUCAGAUCAGUCAGGGAGAGGGUGGAUGAAUAGGAUCUUUUCAUAAAAAAUGCUCCUAGUUCUACUUCCAUAUUGCACUGUUCACCAAAAACAUGACAGGAAAAAGGAGCCACUUUAGAGAGCAGGCUAUCAUUGCAACUGUCACUGGACGACUAGUGCAGCACUGCCAGAGACAAACAACACUACAGGCAUUCAGCAGGACAUCAGAGUACAGGAUCAGUAUGGAUACCUCUAAUAUCUCAGGGGUGUUACCAAUACAGCCAGCACAAACCAUGUCAGUCACCCUAUAACCCUGUGCCACACAUGCAUCUUCAAUACUGCCAAUGUAGGUGAAAUGCUCCAGUAGUCAGAGGUAGACACAACCUCCGGCUGUAACCAAGACCAGCGGGAUUACAACCAUGACAAUUUAAGUAGACAAUAUUGUUACCAAUUGUGUCCCAGGCCCUUUCCUUUCAAAAAGAGACUGAUAGAAAAAUAGUCUUGCCUGUAUGUAUUGUAUGUAAAUGUGUCCCUAUAUAUAUUGUUAUUUUGUAUUUGUUGCUUUUAAAUAAAACGUCACGUAAUGUAUUGUAA